AAAUUCGAAAUAGUUGUUUUUUUUUUUUUAUAUUUAGCAUAUAUUUACAUUAUAAAAUAACGAAAGUUAAUACAUAUUACACAGAGAACACCUUAAAUUACAGCUUAAGAAUAAUUAUCAUUCGGUUUCAUUACUCUUUCGUUGAUAUUUAUAAUAGAUAAGCCUUCCCCUACGUGUUUUUAGAAUUUGAGUACCAAGCUAGCUAGCCUAAUCUAAAUCUAAUUCGAUGUCGUGGAUGAAUAAGUUUUGAAUUUAAUAUCAUUCGUCAUUAUUAAGCAAACCCACUCAAUAGGCUUUAUGGUAUAGCAUGGAACUUGUUUCAGAACUCGGUGAUGCAUUUCCUCAGUCAGCAAAUGUAACGACUCAUCACAUAGAAAUUCGUCAGAAUCCAUGCAGUACUGCAAGAGCUUCUAUGAUUAAAGACCAUGUAUUGGUAUUACUAAAGAAACAAACAAUUGCUUAUGGUGAUUUUACUAUCAACCAAUUUGAAGAUCCAUUUUUAACAGACAAUGUUAAGUCUGUCUCAUUAACUGACACAGAUAUUAAUUGUUCAGAUCAGAAGGCUAUUGAUCUGUGCAAAAGUAAUCUCAGUUUACAUGUAUUUCAACUACAUGAAGAUGGUCCAGGUCAGGAAGAAAUAGAAGAUGAGGAGCUGGCGGCUGCGAAUCAUUGGUUGUUACCAUCAACAGAUUUUGAUGGUUUAUGGGAUAGUUUAGUUUUUGAUGAUGAUGUUAAGGGCAAGUUAUUGAAUUACUCAACGACGACACUUUUAUUCUCCGAUAAAAAAGUUGAUAGUAAUGUUAUAUCAUGGAAUAGAGUAGUGUUACUACAUGGUCCCCCAGGUACAGGAAAAACAUCUUUAUGUAAAGCUAUAGCACAGAAACUAUGUAUCAGAUUAUCAGAUAAAUAUUCUUAUGGUCAAUUUAUAGAAAUCAAUAGUCAUAGUUUAUUUUCAAAAUGGUUUUCAGAGUCAGGUAAAUUAGUAAUGAAGAUGUUUCAGAAAAUACAAGAAAUAAUUGAUGAUCCUGAUGCCCUGGUCUUUGUCCUUAUUGAUGAGGUUGAAAGUUUAACAGCAGCUCGUAAAAGUUCUAUGGCUGGUACAGAACCAUCAGAUGCUAUUAGGGUUGUGAAUGCUCUUCUUACACAAAUAGAUCAAAUUAAAAGAUUUCCUAAUGUUUUAAUAUUAACCACUUCUAAUGUAACAGGAGCUAUAGAUAUGGCUUUUGUAGAUAGAGCAGAUAUCAAACAAUAUAUAGGACCACCAUCUCCUGCAGCUAUUUAUAAAAUAUUUCAUUCCUGUCUCAAUGAACUAAUGAGAACUGGUGUUAUAUGUCCAGCACAACAAUUAUUGGAUUUAAGAUCGCUAGAAAUAAUGAGGUUUAUAGAAAAUGAAGCCACAAGUGUUAGUUUACAACUUAGAAAUAUUGCAUUAAAAAGUCAGGGAUUAAGUGGUCGUACUCUCAGGAAAUUACCUUUCAUUGCCCAUGCCAUGUUCAUUCAGAAAAGUACUGUAGGCUUAGAAGAAUAUAUGUUGGCUCUGUCUAAAGCCGUUGAUCACCAGUUUAAAGAAAGACAAGAUUUAAUGAAGGAUUAAUAUCUAUAAUAAUAUCUUAAUUUAUAAAAAAAAUUGAUUAAUUGGUACAGGAUGGAAAUAAUAAUGAAACUUUAACCUGGUGAACAAUGUUUGCCAGAAUUAUUUUCCUUUUUGCAUACCUUACACAGCAGAACUGGUUGUAAAUAUUAGUCUAUGUACAUGUCAUUUGAAAUGAUAUGGAAUGGAAUUUAGCAUCCUACAUGUACAUUGAGCAAAACACCAUUUGUAGAGUAGAUGAUGAAAAAUUAUGGUUUGGGAACAACCUUCUGGUAUUACCAGUAUUUAUUGUUUUCAAGUGAACAUAUCCCCCAAAAGUGCCAUUCUUAAAAUGUACUCAUAGUAAAUACAUAAUAUCAGUAAGGUGCACUGGGUAUAUAUAGUUUCUUUUCAUAAUGAAUUCUUACUAGUAAAGUAAAUUUGAUUAUAAUUAUUUGACUUUCCUAAUCUCAUCAUUCAGGGGAUAUGUUGAUAAUUGUUUGUACCAAUUCCUCACAUUAUUUAGAUAAUUAACAAGAUUUGUUGAAUAUUAAUUUUUUUGAUGAAAAUGCUUAAUAUACUUGUACUUAUUUGUGUGAUAAGAUUUUUAUGACAAAAUAUAGAUUUUAUUGUAAAUAAAGCAAUGUUUACUGUU